AUGUUCCCGACUCCUGGGCGCGCUGACUCAGCGGGAAUGCUCUUUUGUGUUGUCGCCCGAAGGUGCCACCCCACCCUUCCCGGUGCCACUUCUUGUCACUCGGAUGGCCAAAGCAUCGCCUCACGAUUACUCAAAACGGCUAUUCCAACGAUUGGUACUCGAUUAAUAGCCAUAAAAGCCACGUCCUGUCAAACAUUGUCCUGCGGAUAUACCGAACGAGCAACUCUGUCCAUAAAAGUCAAUAUCCCCACAACCAAUUCACCUCCCUCGAAAACCAAUAUAAGGAGGGGCAUCCCAGCAUGUCUUUCCCCAUCCCUCGCGGUUUCCCUUCAGCCAUACUACAUACUAGUCCCUCCGUCCCUCACAUUGCCCUAUACUGAACAAAAUGCCCCGCGCUGCCUCCAAGAAAUCUACCGUGAGCACUUCGCCCCUCUAUAUCAGGGCCUAGUGGCACCCAAUUGUCCCAAUGCUGAUGUAAUCUUCUCUUUUAUCCAGAAACGCACCCUGGCCCAAUGCCAAAUUUGCUUCAAGGUAUACGCCGACGCGACUGGCCUUAGCCGACAUGCCAAGACCCACGGCCCCGACGCCGAGAGCCGCAUGCACAAAUGCGACCACUGUCCCAAGCGCAUGUGGCAGAUGCCAAACCUCAGGGCCCACAUGCGUGCCAUACACACCGGUGAAAAGCCCUACAAAUGCCCUGGCAUAGGCUGCACUUACGACUCAGCUAGCGCUGGCUGCCUCUCCCGACAUAUGCGAACAUGCAAGAUUCUUCAUGGUUUCGGGAACGUCGGGUAUCCAGUACUCCCACCGAAGCAGCUUCUUCCCGCUAUCGAUGCUGGCACGCAACUCGAAGGACUCAUCGCCUUACCCCCAUCUCCCCAGUCGGACCUUGGUCCUUGGUCCCCCGAAGAACUCAUGUCGCUGUCGACCUCCUUCAAGUCUGACGUAGACCCCAGCUUCCAAGAGAGACUCCCUACAUCACCCAUGUUCGCCAGACAGCAUAGCGACCUCCAAGCUACGACCUCGAACGAGGAGAGGUUCGACAUAGAUGCUAUGGAGAAAUGGCUGGACUCCCUGGUCCCCAAGUCUGCCGUAACAGAUUCAUUUUCCUUCGAUUUCUCUUUUCAAGCAGCAUCACCUGCGUCGUCAUUCUCGUCCACAUCGACGUCCUUUGGGGAACACGAACGCCUUUCGCUUCCCUCGCCUUUUGGUGUUAGCCAAUCAUCCACAUCCGAUUUCACAUUCGAUAAUACGCUAGCGACGUACCCAAGUACACUGGAACUUGACGCUGCGGAUACCACCGUCGAUUCCUCCUUCUUUCUCCCAAUUAACCUUUCAUUGGUUGGGGAUUCCUCCUCCUUAUCAUUAGGAAAGACCGAGGCGCCACUAAGCCCGUUUCUCUUUGACUCUGGCCUGUCGCCAUCCUCGUCUUCGUCUUUGGAGCAGCCCUCGCAUGGUUCGAACUUUGAAUGGAGCGGACACAGUAUCGAACCUUUUCCCUUGAUCUAA